AUGUCGCGAAGAACAAGAACAUUGCUCCCAACGACAGCAAAGUUGUUGGCACCAAGAGUUGUACAGAAUCACCAUCAAGAAAUUGUGAAAGGCCAAGAACGUCAAGCGAAGUAUCAUAACAGAGGAGCAAAAGAUCUACCUCGUUUAAAGAAAGAAGACAAAGUAAGAAUUCAAGACCACGGACAAGUUCUUAAAAAAAGUCCGUCAGUCAAAGUGACUGUGAAAGCAGAAGUUGGUAUUAGAUCAUAUGAAGUUGAAACACAAGAUGGACGAGUUCUAAGACGAAAUCGAAGUCACCUCAGAAAAACGACAUGUACCGAAGAUGAAGUUGAUGAGACACCUCAAACAGAAAUUCACACAGACGAAGAUAGAGAAUCGAACCAGACUGCAGAAAGGCAGUCAAAACGAGCGGUAGAUUGUCAAAGAGAACAAAAAGUAGAAAUACGAACACUUUCAGGACAGUUAGUAAAUAGACCUGCGUAUUUGAAAGACUAUGUAUCAUUUGUAUUUUGA